GGUAUAUAGCUCUUCUAAGUUUAAACUACUCUUUUAGUCAAUCGCUGAAGCUCAGCACGCGCAUUUAAGAGUUGGCUGACAGUGUUCGGUGUUUGUAAACUCCGGUGCGUCUGUAACACAUCGUGCGCGUGUGCCAUAAAGUGUAUCGAGUUAUCAUUUUUCUUCUUCUCCGAUUCGCGACUGCUGUUCGGAUCGUAAGCCGAAAACCGAUUCCGUGGUGCGAACAUUUGUCGUCAAGAAGACGUUUAUUUUAAAUAAUUAUCAAAGGAUGAAUGCGAUCCGGAGUCAGAAAGAUUCUAAACUACCUGUGGAUACCACAAUCUCCAUAGUUAAUGUCCCUAAUGAGUACAUUGAAGUCAAGUCGCCUCCUUCUCGCAAUCUAUCGAUGAUAAAAUGGAUACUGAUCGUGAGCCUGGGGUGCUGCGCGCUGAUGUACAGCGCCAGCUCGUCGCCCAUCGUUAGCUCUUCGACGUCCGAGCCGGAGCACCUGAACGCGGAGUCCGCGGCGCCCGAGACGUCCGACAAGCUGGUGGCCGCGUCCCCGGACAGCGGCCGGCAGUCGGCCGAGACGGCGGCGGCCGCGCAACCGGCGCCCGUGGUCGAGUCCGUACCGGUGUCCGCGCCGUCAGCGCCCGGGGCCGUAGCGCCGGAAGCGUCCACCGGCGAAGACGAGGACGACGACGACGAUGACGACGACGACGACGACGACGAAGACGAGGAAGAAGACGUGGCCCCGCAACCGGCCAGCGCGAACACCGUGAACGCGGCCACCGGCGAGGUGUCCAAUCCCGGUUCGGCCGCGCCCGCCGCCCCGAGCUCCGGCACCACCGGCAGCAGCGACGACGACGACGACGACGACGAGGACGAGGACGACGAUUACUUCGACCGAUUCUUCGAAGACAUCCUCGGAGACGACGACGACGAGGAGGAAACGUCGCCGGUGAUCGCGGCGGUGUCCAGCACGGCCGCGCCCACCCAGGGCCUGUCCGUCUCGUCGCUGACGGAAGACUCGGCGGACUACGGGUCGGCCGCGGACGGCGGCGGCACCAGCGAUCAGUCGUCCAACGCGAACUACGACGACGGCGUCGCGGACGACGCGUCGUCCGCGUCGUCCUCGUACGCGGACCCGGACGGGCCGCACACCGUCACGCUGCUGUCCCCGGUGCCCGACGACGGCGAGCUGACGGACGGCAACGCGGCCGACGCGGUCGCGUCCCCCGUGCAGCCGGUCGAGUCCAACAGCAUAGCGGCCGCGGCCCCGGCGGCCGGCGGAUCGACCAGCGACGACGAUGACGACGACGACGACGACGACGACGACGACGAUGACGACGAUGACGAUGACGACGACGACGACGAUGACGACGACGACUCGUCGGCCGCGGCCACGAGCGGUGGCAGCGGUGGCGAUGACGAUGAUGACGACGACGACGACGAUUCGUCCGAGACCAGGACGGUGGCCAAAUCUCGAGCACGUGCGAUGAACAACAAUAACCCGGUCACCUUGCCGCCGUCGUACAUCACCAAGUACAACAGGUUCGUGGACAAUAUACUUGGCCGUAUCAACAAGAUACUGAGGAAGAACUACGAUCCGGUCAACGUUCGCCUGCAAACGCCUACGCCUACGGACAACAAGAAGAAGGGUACCACGCAAAAACCCAAGAAGAAGAACAAAAUCGAGUCCAGAGAGAGCGUCCAACCGACAAACGUGUCGCCGACGGCCAAACACACCGGUGCUCCGGUAUCCGCGGUACCGGAUAAGUCAACAGGUGUGGUCACCGCGGUACAAGAAUCAACAUCGACGAACGGCACAUCAACCCGGGCGCAACGCAAGCACCACAAGCACGGCAGGAAGUCCAGAGCACAGAGCAGCAAGCCCGCGAAAGGCACCAAAAACAAGCCCGCCGCCAAGCCCAGUCCGCCUAGAGCCAGAGCCACGAUGUACGGACUGAGCACUUUGCGCCGUGACGGAGAUGUUAUCGUGAACGUGAUGAACACCCACACGACGGUGAAAACCAAGUUUUUGGUCGGACCACUCACGUUGAAAGUCGAAAAAGAGUUCGGACGAGGUGCCAAAAAGGAACUGAGAUCGGCGACUGCCACCACCGGAGAGCUGAUCGGCCGGCUCAACAUGCGAGUGCUGAACGGUGGCGCUGCCACACUGCAUUCGAUCCGAGUCCACCAGCCGAAACAACUGCAGGUCGAGAGCCCAGACGACCACGACAAGACUAGGGAGUACGUAUGGAGACGGUCCAAUAUGAUCGCCCACCUCGUGUCGCAGAAACUGACGUUCGCCACAAAGUCCAUGUUGCAACCGGCCCCGCAAAAGACGGCCGCUAAAGCAUAAUUUAGAAAUGGAGUUCAACAGUACUCAACGGCUGAUUAAAUUUUAAGAUUUUUUCACUAUAUUUAUUAAUUUAUUAAUUUAUUUAUUUAUUAAAAUACAUUUUAUGUAU